AACAAAUAAUUUGAGGCUGUCGUCUCAAUGUUAUACAUGAAAUGUCAGAUCAGUUUAAUAGGGGAGGAAAAAAUGAUGGUAACCGCAAAUAUCAGAGUAUAAACCUAUCGCAGCACUUCAAUAAACGCGACCCCAAAACUGCGGCCAAGUCGACCACUGGUCGCGGUCUGCAGUCACUUGGAAAAGUCGGAGUAUCCACUCGACGAUUACCUCGCCCAGCAGUUUGUAGUAGUCUCAAAAAGGAAAAUGCAGGAAAUGAUCCGAACGUGGCACUUGUCCCCGGUGGUGGCGGAUGGGGAAGCAAGAAGGAGUCAACUCAGGUAGAAUCGACUGAGGGGGAGAAGGGAUGGAAAGAAGUUGAGGACAAGCCAGCCUCUAAACAUCCUGGAUUUUCUCAGGAAUUUCCAUCCCUUGGAGAAGAUGCCCCCUCAUCACAAAGGCUAGAACUACGUCCUCAAACCGUAAAAUGGGGAGAAAAGCAGCACAAGCACCCUUCCAACAUUGAUAGUGGAGAAGGAGCCCCCACGAUGGGACCGAUGCCUCCUACUGUUAUCCACCCAGCAAUGCCCCCACCCCAAAUAACAAUCCCCAUCAAUCAGACUUACGGCGUGGUCCAGGUUCCUAUGUCACCCAUGUAUGGCAUGGUUCCUGUUCCAGGUCCGAUAUACACAGGAAUGCCACCAGGCGCGGUGUACAGGCCUAUCUACCCUGCUAACUCAGGCACCCCGCCACAGAUUUACACGGGGGCACAACCCCUUAACGCCCCCCUUUCUAUACCUUACAUGUACACUGCACCACCACCAUUGCACGGUAAUGACGAAGUUCAAGUCAAAGUGAAACCGGUAGAGGAGAAAGAAAAAGCUGAAGAAAAGAUUCCAGCUAAAGCGUCGGAGCAAUGGGGAGACGACAUUCAACCGACCCAGAAAGUUGGGACAGGAGCACCGGACCAAAAUCCUCCGCAGAUGGGCUAUAUUAGUCCCUACACCUUACCAUUCCCUGGUACUCCUGGAAAGUUGAAACAGACUGAAGAAAUUAGGGCUGACCCUGUCGGUAAACCGUCCGAAGAGAAGAGAAUAACUUAUCACGGUCGAACAUCUUCUCACUCUUCUCUAUCGGAACCACUUGAGGACGAACUAGCUUAUCAACUGGAGGAAAAACUUGACCUCAAUCAAGAAUCUGCUCCACGAGUCAUUUCGAGAUCCAUCGCCAAGAAAGAGUUGAAAGCCUUCCCCAAGGAAGAUGAGGUAGAGGUGAAACAGAUCCUUCAAAAAUCUGAACAGGAAGAGAUAUCUGCCAAUUGGGAAGACGAUGAGUCAGAGGACAAGUCUGUGAGUGUCUGGGAGGAACGCCAGAAAGCCCAAGAUGGAAACGUUUGGAACAUUCCCCGUUCUGCUGGAGAAGGUGCCCCAGCACCCAGUAAUGCUGACAGGUAUUUUGAUGACGACUACGCACCAGAUCGAGAUGAUGGUCGUCAUUACGAGAGACAUCCACCCUCAAACCAUCGGAGAGAUGAUCGUGAUCGUCAUGAACAGAGAACUCGAGAUCGUCCUGACCAACAAUCUUCAAGACGUUUCAUGGAUAAUGGCCAACGAAAAGCUUUAGAAGAUGCUACAAACUGUAUUAACAGCAUGGCACUGACAACAGUCAAACCACCUGAGCCAAAGAAGCAGAUAACCAUCCAACAAAAACCGAAACCAGUAGAAAUUCUUCAAAAACCUGCUCCUCCAGCUGCACCGAAACCAACUCCAAUCCAGUCAACAGCUGCUCCUACUAGCAACUAUUGGGCGCAAAAACAAGCUGAACGAGACCGUAUUGAGGCUGAGGAAGAUAGAAGGAGACGAGACCUUCAAAAAGCUGAAGCUCAAAAAGUCAGACAACAACAGUACCAAGACUAUCGCACUCCAGAACAGUACGACGGCUCUGCGUUUGAUGAAGACGAAAGGCGACAGUAUGAGGAAGAGCGAGAAGCUGAACGGGAGAAACGGAGUAUUCGGCGCAGAGGACAAGAUGAGUUCUAUGACAUCGAUCGAACUGAAAAGGCUGCAAAAGCAGAGCGCCGUCAGCAACGAAGGAAAGAGGAGGUAUUCCGAAUCGAGUAUCGAGAACCCAGGGAACCACGUGGUUCAAGAGAAGGCCGAAGUUCCCGGGAGCCUAGACAGCCUAGAGAACCUCGUGAAAGGAAACGCAAUGAUUCACAGGAACAGCGCCCCGAGAAUCGUGAGUAUCGAGAACCAGAAAAAUACGAAUCCCGUGAACGGAAGUAUGAUUCUAGAGAUCGUUACGAUCGUGAUGAAAGAGCUCCUGAUAGUCGGAGACGAUACAACAGGUAUAGCUACUAUGAUGAACCUGAUCGAUUUUACUACGAGCGUGCUGAUGUACGUGAUCGGCCAAAACGUCAGGAGCGUAGCAAAAAAGUGGAACGAUCUGAGUCUAAAGAAGAAACGCCUCCUGAAACUGUUGCCUCAGAAGAUGGUGAAUUCGAAAAUGCUGAGGAUAAACCAGAAGAACUAGUUGAUGAAAACGAAGCUGUUGCUGUUGAAGAAGAGUCUGUCCUCGAGGAAGAAACCGAGGAAAAUGCUGAUACUGAACCCAAACAAAAUUCUGAAAAGGCAGCACCACGCGAGAAGUCAGCACGUGAUCAAGAUAGAUUUGAACGUUAUGAUCGUGAGAGAAGAGAUCCCCGAGAGCGAUAUGACAGGGAGCGAUAUGAGCGGCCUGAUUUCACAACCUAUCGAAGGGAACCUCGCUCGUCUCGCGGUGAGAGACCACGUGAUUCUCGGAGAGAGGAACCUCGACGUGAACGACGACCACGCCCCGAGAGAGAAGUCCGGGACCAAGAGAGUGCGCCCAAAUCUGACGAAAAGAAACCUGUUUCAAAACAGAAGGCUCGAGUCGAAAAAUACAAGACUGAUCUAAAGGAUAAAAAAACUAAACCAGAGAGACGUCCUCGCCGCCCCAGGGAAGGAGAGGAAUGGAUAUCAUCUGAUGAGCAACGAUCUAAAUCAACGGCAGCUCAAGCAAAAAUUGUCUCUGAACAACCUAGUGACGAGAAUGGAGAUAAGCAGGACAAAUCUGAGCGACCUCAGAGACGGACUCGUAAAACUCCUUCCUUGAAAUAUUACUCAGCUAAUCCUGCUGACAGAUUGAAAUCAUCCAGCCAAUCAGUGCCACCACGACCUGUAACUAAUGAUGAACGACCAAAAGACAAGGUUGUAAGAGCAAAGAGUGAUGUUAGGUCACGGGAUACAAAGAGAGAUCCUAAGAAAGAGCCUUCUAAGAAAGAAUCCGCUGAAGCAAAACCAAGCGAAGCGUCUAAAACUAAGACGAAAGAUCCCGCUGUUGAAGCUAAAAAAGCUAAGAAGAUCGAAAAGACCAAAUUCGAAAUGGAUCGGUUGAAGAAAAUGACACAAUCUGGUAUGGACUUAUUGACGUUAGGUAUUUAUGCUGUAGAUGGAAAAGAGCUUGAUGACCAGGAGGCCGCAGAUUAUUCUGAGGGAUUUGUUGAGGUGGUUCGUAAGAAAAGCAAGAAAGAACCUGAACCAGAAAAGAAACCUGCAAUUUCAAAAUCAAAGAAAUCCAAAAAGUCAGCGUCUAAAGCUAAAAAGGCACCCAUCUCUCAGGAAGAGGCCAAACAGGCAACUGUAGCUGAAAUAGCUACCUCUGUCUCCACCACAUCUGCUUCACCGACUGGAAUUGAGAAACCUCUCAACCCCGCCGCAGUCAAGUCCUGGAGCUCAAACACCGCCGUCGAUAUGCCUCUCAUGUCCGUUAACAUCUGGUCGAAUCCAAAGAAAAACGCUUGGGACAAACCACUAACAUUCUCAGAGAAACAAACUAUCGGAUCCCGGGAAAUUCUUGCCCCGAUCUCGGGUGAGAGCACUUCACUAUUCUCAUCUGAUGCUGACCUGGCUAAGAAGACCAAAGAGAAGAAUUGGAGAGGAUCUGAAGCUCGGCCGCCCCGAUUUUCGAAGGCUUCAGAAAAGGCAGCGGUAGUUGCCUCUGAGAAAAGGAAGAGCGAGAAGAAAAAGUCAAAGGAAGAAAUUGAGGAAGAAGAGGAAGAGGAGAAGGAACUACAGUUACCUAGCGGUGUUCUGUCAGGAUCCUCCCUCGAUCUUAAUAUCCCUCCUGUUGUCGAGGAUUUGUUUGGUAUCAGGUCAGACGGUGAGGACGAGAAGACGACCCUGUCCUCUCUGGUACUGGACACCAAGCUAACAGCUCCAUUAGUUGCUCCUCCGGUGGUCGGUUUGUCUCAGAGGGAUCGGGUUCCAACUGCUCCCCCUCAACCUGAGCUUCUCUCAAGUGAAGAGUUGAGUGACUCGCCUAAAGACUCCGAUACUUCCCCCGAUCUAGUAUCUGCAGAGACAUCCACCCAGACAACACCUCCUGCACCACGACCCCUGGUUGAGGACCCUGUUCAGGUUCCACCAAUGCCAGUUAGCGACGUGUCACCACCCAUCAGGACUCCUGGCCUCAACACUGCCGUCAAACAGAUGAUAACCUCCACUGGUGGACUGUCCCUCACUGAUCAGCUGAGGGAGAUUGGACAGGCUCAGCUUGCUCAACAACAGGCUGCAGCUGAUAGAUCUCAGUUCUUUGCUAUGCAGGGAAUCCAGGGUUCACCGCUGAUGCAGAGUUUACAGAACUCACCCAGCCUACACCCGGAACAGCCGACGAUAGCCCAACAGCAAAUUCCUCAACAACACCAACAACCUCUUCUUGGUCACUUCAUCUCUCCACCUGUAUCUGAGAUAACGCCUCAUAUCCUUCCUUCUCCUCACCAAAUUGGAGGGAAUAAUACGUCAUUACCACUGAUAGGGUCUCACCCUAUCUCAUCUCCUCUCUCUUCUCUUGGCAACAUCGUGAAUCGUCCCAACCCUGUCACUACAUCCGACCUCUUCAAAAACUAUAUGUCCCCCAUGUCUCCUACUAACAAGAUAUAUCCGGGAUCAAACCAAAACUUCGUAAAUCAGAACAUCCAUCAAUUCAUGUCCAACCAGUUCAUGACUAACCAGUCCUCGGGUAACUAUGGCAGUCCCUCCAUGAGUCCAAUACCAUCGCAGAUAAAUCCUUUCGCACAGUUCCAGCAGAAAUCAAGCAGCCCCAAGCUCCAGAAUCUGUACAACAGCCCUCAGGGGUCGUUUGAUGGGUUGGACCAUACCGGGAUGAUGUCAUUCGGUCAGCAGAAACCUACCUCCAACACCCUCACCAACCAGCAACUCUUCUAUCAGAGGAUGAUGCCGGGUCAGGAGUUGUACUACAAACUGAAACCAACGGACAAUAUUCUGCUUCAGUCGGAUAUGAGCAAGCACGUGGACGCUAAACCCUUCAACCCGGGGGGUAAUCCCAUGCAGGCUCCCCCGCGUCCGGGCAUGUUCAAACCUGAGAUGCUUCAACACGUGAUGCAGCCAAACGGACCGUCACCAGUGUUACCUCACCUCAGCUACAAGCCUAUCAACCAGGGCUUUGAGAAGGAAACACUCGGCGCUAGACAGGCUAUGGUUCAGCGACCAAUCACCAGCGACUUCAGUGCCAUUAAUGGUUUGAUGCAGCAAAACAUGACCGCCCAACAGAACUUACAGCGAAUGCCUCACGCCCUCUUUCCACAACAGUCAUCUCGCCAAGACGCCACUGCCUUCAUCCAGCAGCAAGCCGCUGCCAUCGCUGCCGCUAAAACCGUCAACCCUAUGGUGCGAAACAUGCCGCGAGUAAAACUAGCUCGGGAUGGACGACUACACCGAGUGCCGGACAUGAGGAACAAGUUCAGUUCCCUGAUCCCUCCCUCUGUUCAGCAGCACAUGCAGCAGCAAUCGCUGGCACAGAUCCAGCAGUACCAAGCUGCUAUUGCACGUGGUGAGGACCCUGCUAAGGAAACUCUACCUGAUAACAUGAAACCUGUUGCCAGCAGCCCCAUAAAACCUCCUCCUCCUGAGAAAAUAGACUUAUCUCCUUCUGCUCUCCCUGAGACGUCCCCACGCUCCCCAAUCAAGGAACAACCGCCUCAAUCCUUUGUUCAGUCACCUGUUGGAAUUGGAAAGGCUCCCGGCUCUCCAGUUAAAGAAACCAUGCCUGUCGAGAAGAUCAUCGUCGAGGAAGAACCUAGGAAGAGGCAGGAAGAAACAAAUAGUGAGGAAAAAGAAAAGAAAGCUGAGAAAAGGAAACACAGUGAGACAAGAAACACCUACAGAAGGAGAAACUACGGAUAUCCUGCUCCUGAAAACGACUACUACGAAGGGUACCCAGAAGAUAGGUACCAUGAACGGUACUACGAUGAACGGUACAAUGACGAACGUUACUACGACGACCGUCGUCAUGACGACAGGUACCACGAUGACAGAUACCACGACGAAAGGCAACGUUACCGAGGUGGAGGUCCCAGGAACGGUCCUGGUCCCUACCCUCCACACCCGAUGUACCGGGGCUACCCACCACCGCCGCCCCGGGACUAUCGCAGGGGUGGACCGCCUCCUCAUCGACAUCGAUACUGAUCAACUGGAGAUCCUCAAUGCACACUUGCAGAGUGUUGGAGCCGCGCACACGUGCUCGUAUAGUUGUUUAUUAUAUUAGCAUAUUGAAGACAAAUAAUGGAUGCUGUACUGUUACCCUCCGAUUAUACUAUUUAUUUUACACGCUCGUGCCCAGUGUUUACUGUAUAGAAAUUACCUAUUUAUUGUAGUGUUGUGGCCGUCUUGUCACGUGUUUACUGGAAAUAAGAGCCGGAUCUCUUCUUUCGUUUCAUUUGAUAUGAUAUAUGUUUACACUGUAAAACUUUUUUCUUAUAUUAUACAUUGAGUGAUUAUCUAGAAAUGCUGCAUAAGAAGGAUCGCUUUUUAUGUGAAUUGUUUUACAGUGAGAAACAGUUAUUUUGAAAUAAAACAAUUUAUGUUACUUUAAAGUUGGGUAAAACAAAACUUGCGCGAAAAGUGUGUCACUGUGGUUUGAAUCGUUGCCAUGGCGAUGGCUGGCUAUGUUGAUUCUCAUGAUUAUUUUAUUACAUGUUUACCUAUAUGGUAGUAAUAUUACAAUAUUUUAUUCUUCAAACUUCUGCCUAUAAAAUGUGACAAUCAUCAUCUCAUUAAUUACUUUUUGGCGUGGUUGUUUUUUCCUGGGCGUAUUAUAUUCGUUUAACAAUGUCCGCCAGGCUGGACAAACUAAGUUAUCAGUUUUGUAAAGCUUAUCUAAUUGUGGGAUUUUGAAAAUUUGUAUGCUUUAACGCAUCGUGAAGAUAUAUAUUUAUAUUUCCAUCGGCUGAACUGGUAAUAGGGGUCAUUCACAUAUUAAGUCAUUACCGAGGGGGUCUAAAAAUGAUAACGCUAGCAUACUUUUAACACAAUAUUACUGUGGAAAACUGAUUGGGGAGGGGGUUAAAAAUUGGCCAAAUAUUGAUAACGUAAUAUGUGAACGACCCCUCAAUGACAAAUAGCGUCAAGCGUGCCCCUAGCUGGCUCGUCCACAUUUAAGCCAUGUUUAAGAAUUGCCUGAUUACUUGAAUGAUCCACGAGUCCUGGAUUUGAUGACAUUAUAUAGGGACACUGUCCUAGAAAUUAAACAGUGAAGAAACAGUACUAAUAACUCAUUGUUAUAUAGUUGUUUAAUGUGGUUGCU